GCUCUCUUGUUUGACUGUGAUGGAGUCAUAUUGGAAACAGAGGAGCUCCAUCGUUUGGCAUACAACAAGGCAUUUCAAGAGUUUGGCUUGACUAUCGAUGGGCUGCGGGUCGAAUGGUCGGUAGAGUACUACGAUAUUUUGCAGAACACUGUGGGGGGCGGGAAACCGAAAAUGUUUUUUCAUUUUCGUAACACGUCCAAGGCCUUUCCGAUGGUUGGCGACAAAAAGGUCCCGGAGACUGAGAAUGAUCAGCAAGCCUUAAUUGAUCAGCUGCAGGCUUUCAAGACGGACUACUUUAAAACUCUCUUGGAAACCGAAGGCAAGGCUCGUCCUGGAGUCUUGGAACUCAUGGACGCAGCCUUUGCCGACCCAACCAUCGCCGUAGGGGUUUGUUCAGCAGCUACCAAGGAAGCAGCCGUCAAAACAUUAGAUAUAACUUUGGGACAAAGCCGCGUUGACAUGCUGGACGUGUGCAUUCUCGGAGAUGAUGUUUCGGCCAAGAAACCAGACCCUCUAAUUUAUAACACCGCUAGAGAGCAGCUUGGCAUGGCUGCAAGCCAGUGCGUGGUGAUCGAAGAUAGCUUGGUUGGGCUGCGUGCUGCCAAAGGAGCAAAUAUGAAGUGCCUGAUAACGUAUACGAGUAGUACUGAAUCGCAAGAUUUCUAUGCUGAAGGGGCAGACGCAAAGGUUCCUGAUCUUGGAAGUCGUAAAGUC